AUUCCAUGGCGCCAGCCAAGCAGGAAGAUCGGCGCGACGAUGGCCGCCUCGUGCAGGAGAUUCGUCCGCUAUCGUGCGAGCAAGGCCUUCUCAACCGAGCUGAUGGAUCUGCGCGAUUUUGCCAUGGAUCCACGUCCGUCCUCGCCUCUGUGAACGGCCCUGCCGCAGCCAAGAUUCGCCGACACGAGAAAGUUGACGCCGCCACCGUUGAGGUCGUGUUCAAAUCAGACAAAGGCGCACCAACGGCACGGGACAAAGAGUACGAAGCCAUCCUGAAGCAGACGUUUGACCCCAUCGUGUACGUGGAGAACUACCCUCGUGCCGUCAUCAGCAUCACCGUUCAAGUUGUGGAAGACGACGGGUCCCUCUUGGCCGUGGCUAUCAACGCCGUCAAUUUGGCCCUCCUCGACGCAGGCAUUCCCAUGCGUUCGCUGGUUGGCGCAAUCACGUGCUCGAUUCUGGACGACGGACAGUUGUGUUUGGACCCAUCCUUGACCGAAGGCGACGCUGCCACCGCGUCUGUUACGGCAGCGUAUGCCGGGAAGAACGACGGGAUCCUGACGUCUAUCACCACAGGUCUGGUGAACGAGUCGCAGUACUUUGCUGCGUCGGAGAUCUGCCGAAGGGCCAUUGACAGCGUUCUUUCGUUUGUCCGCAUUGCACAGGAGUCCAAGUUCCAAAAGAACGCAGCAUGAGCGCGAUACAUUGCGCUACCAAGCCACAUUGCAUCGAGUUAGCUCCAAUAUCUAUCGCACUCGUCGUAUGACUUCCCUCGCGUUUGAGCCGAUUCUCUUUCCGAACAAAGAUUCGCUCGUCUCCGUCC